AUGAACAGAUCUUCCUCAUCUACCGGUCUAUCGCUUCCACUUCCCGGCUCUCCAGGAUCUUCAUGGGCCAUGUAUCGAGCUAGAUUGGCGGCGAUUUUUCACGGCGCAGAUACGUCGGUUUUGAUCGCUUUUUGGUUGUUUGGUCUGAUCAACAAUGUUUUGUAUGUGAUUAUUUUGUCGGCGGCGUUGGAUCUGGUUGGUCCUGAUAUUCCGAAAUCUGUCGUUUUACUCGCAGACGUUCUACCUUCUUUUGUAACUAAACUCGUCGCUCCAUAUUUCAUUCAUAAGAUUCCUUACUGGAUACGCAUCAUCGUCUUCUGCUCCUUAUCCUCGGGGGGUAUGCUCCUCAUAGCAUUAACCCCUGACGACAAAUCUGUAUCGACAAAACUAUUUGGUGUAAUACUUGCGAGUCUCAGUAGUGGCUGUGGAGAAUUAAGUUUCUUGGGUCUCACGCAUUACUAUGGGCAUUUCAGUCUGGCAGCAUGGGGGAGCGGAACAGGAGGGGCAGGUUUAGCAGGAGCUGGAUUGUAUGUUCUUCUGACAACUAUCAUUGGACUAUCUGUCAAGAUCAGUCUUUUAGCUUCUGCUUUCUUGCCUUGUAUAAUGCUUCUCUCAUUCUUCGUUAUAUUACCUCAAGGACCGUUGAGAAGAGCGUCUUUGAGGAAAGAUUACAACACACUCCCUGGAGAAGAUUCGCUCAAUCAACCUCUCACAACUUCAGAUAUCGAUGAUCUACCACCUGAUUCAGCAGCGGCUUCUUUACUUGCACCUGGUCCCGCCAUCGCAUCAGAAGCCUACUCAUCACACUCCCCCGGUGUCUCUCCUACUCUGCUCUACCCUACUCCUUCCUCGGGAAAUCCCUUUUCUCACUACCGCUCCUUCUAUCCCACAUAUGGAUUUAUCUACCAACUCGGCGUCUUUAUUUCCCGCUCCUCUACACCUUUCUACCGAAUCCAUAAUCUCUACAUCCCGUCAUUCCUCCAGAUUGCAAAUCUUUUCCUCCUCAUUUCGCAAGCGUUAUGGUUCUGGAUCCCAAGUGUGUACAUUAUCUUUGUGGUGAUUUUUUGGGAGGGACUUCUCGGCGGAGCAGUGUAUGUAAAUACGUUUGCGGAGAUUAUGGAAAAGGUGGGAGAGGCAGAUAGAGAAUUUAGUUUGGGAGCGACGAGUGUGAGUGAUAGUGGGGGAAUUUGUAUAGCAGGGUUUGUGGGGAUGGUUUUGGAGGUUGGUUUGUGUGAGUGGCAGGUUGAGAGGGGGAGGGGGUGGUGUAGGAUGACUUAG